CCCCCCCCCCCCCCCUCUCGAUCCCGCUACCUAGCUUCUCGGCCACUUUUGUGAAGUUUUAACGUUGGAUAAAUCUGUAUUGCCUUUUUUGUGCCUCUACGGAUUACUGCUGCCUAUCCGAAAGCUACGAGCGAGAUCUCUAGUAUUAUUCCCAAACGAAUUUCUGUGGGAGCUCACGGCAACGGAAGCAUCCACCUUGACUUGUUAUCGCUAAAGAUCAUAAAUAUAUCGUCAUAUUACGACCGCCAUGGGGAUGUACAGAGUUUUGUUUCCCAUUAUAACGCUCGCUUGCAACGUUCUAAGCGCUGAGCUGCAGCCAAUUCAGAUUAAAGGCUCCAAGUUCUUUUACGCCAACGGAACUCAAUUCUUCUUAAAAGGGGUUGCCUACCAACAGGACUCUUCCGCCAAUGGCGCAACAACCACAAGUACCAAAUUCAUCGAUCCAUUGGCGAAUGAGGCCAACUGCAAGCGUGAUAUUCCGUUACUGAGUGAGCUUGGGACUAAUGUCAUUCGCACCUACGCGAUCGAUCCGGCCGCAGAUCACUCUGCUUGCAUGAGUUUACUUAAUGAUGCGGGUAUCUACGUUAUUUCUGACCUCAGCAAUCCGCAACAAUCUAUAGAUCGCGAAAAUCCCCAAUGGAACGUUGAUCUCUUUACUCAUUUCCAGCAGGUAGUAGACAGCUUCUCCAAUUACUCAAACGUCAUAGGCUUUUUUGUUGGCAAUGAGGUCACAAAUAAUGCCACUACUACGUCUGCUUCGUCCUACGUCAAGGCCGCCGUGCGAGAUGUGAAACAAUACAUCAAGGACAAGAAAUAUCGCGCCAUGGGUGUCGGAUAUGCCGCAGAUGACGACCAAGAUAUCAGGAACCAGAUAGCGGCUUAUUUCAACUGCGGGCCAACAGAAGAGUCAGUUGACUUCUUCGGCUACAAUGUUUACGAAUGGUGCGGCCAAAAAACAUUUGAAACGUCCGGCUAUAAUAGGAUUCUCAACUUCUUCCAACAUUAUUCUGUUCCGGUAUUCUUCGCAGAAUAUGGCUGCAACCUUCCAAACGGCGCUGCAGGUCGUAUUUUCCAAGAAACAGGUGCGCUCUACGCACCAAACAUGACGGAAGUACUUAGCGGCGGCAUUGUCUAUGAAUACUUUGAAGAGACCAACGACUACGGUCUCGUCCAAGUCAGCGGAAAUUCUGUGAGCAAAUUAAAAGACUUUGCCGCGCUUCAGAACCAGAUCCAGCAAAUAAGCGUCAAAGGAGUCCAGAUGGCUGACUAUAAGCCCUCUAAUGUGCCUGAAGACUGCCCAGCAGUAAAUGCGACGUGGCAGUCGAGCGAUAAACUCCCACCCACCCCGAACACUGACGCCUGCAGCUGCAUGGUGAAGGCGGCCCAAUGUGUUGUUGCAAACAGCACAGAUGCAAGCGACUACGGUAAAAUCUUUGACUACAUUUGCGGGUCGGAUCAGACUUUAUGUGACGGUAUCAAUGGAAACACUUCUACGGGUGUCUACGGUGGAUACAGCAUGUGCGGCGACCAGGCCAAACUAACCUACGUCCUUAAUCAGUAUUACCAAAAGCAGAACAAGGAUAGCUCAGCAUGUGAUUUCAACAGCAGCGCUCAGACACAGACAGCUUCAGGGACUCUGGACAAGUGCAAUGAGCUGGUUGCCUCAAGCAACUCUACCAGUUCGGGCGGCGGUUCAGGUUCGAGCGGCGGUGAUGGAAAGGACAAUGGUGCUCUGGACGCUCCGAUUCCCGGCAGUUGGCUGCUUGGCUUGCUGCUGCUGGCCACCAUUGUUAGCACGAACAUGAUGAGUUGAUAGAUUAGCUAGGAGUUAUUGACGCUGGAAGGAAAUUGAAAAGAAAUACACAGCAAACAGAAAGUGUAUUCUGUAAAUUAUAUAU